AUGGCCUCAUGGACAAUGUUGUUCUCUCGCGGUGAGAUCUAUUCUGGCUUCAUUUGGAAGAAUACGAGCAUUGGCAUCAACGAGGUUACAUCUUCAUAUCGUCAAGAGAAUACUCAAUGGCAUUCAGAGAUCUAUUUAAACGGCCAUCUUCCUCGUUUCUAUGAUCUUGAUCAUCCUCUCAGUCAAUCCAAGUCUCAAUUUCAAUCUCAAUCAAUCUACAACCCUUCGAACACUCAAUUCAAUCUCCAACUUCCAACCAAAAUGAAGUUCACCACUACCACCAUCGCCCCCCUCGUCGCCGUCCUCCCCAUGGCCAACGCCUGGAUCUUCUCCACCUGCAGUGGCCAGUGGGACAGCCACGGCAACCAGGGCUGCACCAAGUCCUCCUGCAAGACCGGCGACACCAUUGACUGGGAGAACACCUGGGGCUCCGAAUGCACCCUCCGUGUCUACAGUGACAAGUCUUGCGACAACCAGAUUGGAAUCGCUGAUGACGACUGGAAUGAUCACACUCUGAGCAAGAGCAUGGGCAGCUUCCGUGUUUCGGGCUGUUAA